AACAUCAGGUCAAAUCAUCUGACAGCUGCACACCUGAACACUCUUCUCAAGUUUCUAAUUUUUGACGACACUAUCUAUCAACUAGAGCGACUGGGCAUUGUUCAGAAAAGUCAAGGUCUAGAGAUUGGGCACUGAAAUGCCUCUUUCUGGAAAGCAAGUCAUCAUCCCACCAGAGCUACCAGACAUUCUGAAGCAGUUUACUAAAGCUGCUAUCAGAACACAGCCAGCCGAUCUGCUAGAGUGGUCUUCUAUAUAUUUCACUGCUUUAGCUAAUGGUCAGCCCCUUCCUGUGAGAGCAAGAUCUGAUCAGAAUGCUGCAGCAAGUCAAAUGGAUCUCACACCAGAGCUUCUAAAGGCCCUACACACAGAGUUUGGAGAGAGAGAGACAGUGCACCAAGAAGAAGUUGAGCUCAAAUGGAAUGAAUUUGGUCUUCCGGUUGACCUUUUAAAACAUAUUAUUGUCGUGGGGCACUUUGAUGAGGAACUUGAGUGGAUGAAAUUUUUAGCUCUCGGGUGCAGUUAUCUUGGAGGGACUAUAAAAAAUGCAAUGAUUCACGCCUGUUACAUAUUGAACUCAGACCCUAACUCUACUCCCCCAGACGCCUGUGUUCCCUAUGACAUGUUCAAGUUUCUUUAUACCUACUUAGCAGAUGUUGAUAGAGAGGUUUCUCAAGACCAGGUUAAUCAAGUGUUAAAACAUCUGGAGACUCAAGUUGUGUCCUCAGAGGGAGUGGUCAAAGUGUCUGAUUUCAUGAACAAUCGGAAACUCCGUCUAGGAUAACUUCCCUGCUGUUCUCCUGUGGAAGCUCCAUGAAUCCAAAGGAGAUGCUGUUCUGUCUCGUGCCAUACUGCAUUGAUAAACACAGGCAGGCUCUCUGUAUUCCAAUAAAUGCAUCAAAAAAGGAA